GCUGCUUUACAGUUGCAAUUCCAGUUGCACUCCAUUCGCUCCAAACAAUGGACACACAAACGCGGCAUCGUCUCUACGUCGUUUUCGUGGUGAUCUUUAAGGUGUCGAUCAAUGGCGCCUGGCUAAUGUCACAGGCUGGCCUCAAUGACUCCAGUUACAAUGUGCGGCACUUGUCCACACACUUUUCGCGAGUGUUUCUCAGCAUAAGUGUGUCACACAAUGAUUUCCCCACGCUCAUCGAGGCACAGUGGCCAGUUUCAUAUUUGCCCAUGCGCACAGUGGUCUUUCCCAAUAGCGAAACGCAUGCGAAUCGAGCCGAAGCUGCUGCGGAUUGCACUCGCUUACAGCAGACGCACUGGACCCAGGUGGACAGUCUGAGUCGACUGUGGGUCAUGGAUCUGGGCUGGCCGGAUGGUGGUUGUGCACCCAAACUCUUGGUCUUCGAUCUAAUACGCAACAAUGCGGAGCUGCUGCGCAUCGAUUGUGGCCAGUACAUCGAUGCCAAUGCCACGCAGAGUCUGGUAGUGCAGCUGGGACCCAAGUCGAGCAGUUGCGAGCUGGAGCGUCAUAUAUACCUCAUUCAGGACAGCAGACCGCACAUCUUGGCCUAUGAUAUACUGGAACAAACGUGGCAUCAACGUGAUCUGAUGAGCAACAAGUACGAGAAUAUGCGGCAAGCGUUUCCCAUUCGUCCCAUUGAUUUUACCUUUGGGCUGAAGGGAGAACUGAUUGUCUCCGAUCAGGAUGGCGUGCUCUACAGCUCGGUGAAGCAACUCCAAUUGACAGACUCCAACUCGGUUGCCUCCAAUUCGCUGUCGGUGCAACUAACUCGCCUGGGAAGUCUUUUGGGUCCCAGUCGCAGCAUGCUAAUCGAUUACUUCGGCGCUCUCUUCUAUGUGAUGCCAAAGUUUGGCGCCGUUGUACGCUGCGCCCAGCUGGCGAAUUUAACAGCCGAAGGCAAUGAGAUUAUUUAUCUAACAUCUAAAAAUAUACAGCAAAUAUUCUUUGGUGCUGAGGGCUCCGUUUGGGUGCUCAGUGAUCGAGUGUUGAAACCGCAAGACAUUUGUUAUCCGGGCGUUUAAUCAUAAAAAUAGUAAAAUAGUGAUCAAUAAACAGCGAUAAAAACAAUGAUUUUAUGCUGUGUGUGCAUUAUUUAGAUUUGCUUUAUUUGUUAUUAAGUAUAUCAAUUUCGUUUUGGUAUUAUCGUAUUUUCGCCCAUUCGCUCAUAACAUCGUAUUAUUAUUAUUAUUUUUAUAAAUGUGUCUAACAUAUAUCGCUGGAUAUUUGUAACUACAGUAGCUUUGAAAUUAAUUGGUAACAGUUUGCUUAUUCAGAUAGCCCAUCAAUGCCUGUAAACGCUUCUUAAUGUUCUUCUGAUCAUCCAAAGUGCAACCAA